CUGCUAGAUCACUGUGUCACGUCAACUUUGAAUAACUCGUCGAUAAUUUAGCUAGGAAUCAAGUGUUUAUUCAGACGACAGCGAAAUUCCACUCUAGAAUCAUAUCAAUUACUCGCGAAAAUGAACUAAAUCGUGUUGAUAAGUAUGAAUUGUCAUCAAAUAUUAAGCGGAGCCUGCAAUGCAGGCGAUCGCUGCUAUGCUGUCGGCUCUGUUGAAGGAAUAUCAUUUACCGCCUAUGCGGCGGGAUGCAACAUAGUAAUUCUCGCUAGCAAUUUCGAGCGCGUUCAAAUUAUUCCUGGGGCUGUGCACAACUAUAUACGAAUCAGCUGUUUAGAUUGUAGUACAGAUACUGGCAAGAUAGCUGCUGCGUACGAAAAUCAAGUUUGCAUCUUCGAACCAACCCCAUUAAUUCACAGCACAUGCUCCCACCAAUUGGAAUAUCGAUGGGUUCAGACGGGUUCUCUUCAAACGGAAUCAAACAUCACUUCCCUCUCAUGGAAUUUAGAAGGAACUCGUCUUUUAACAGGUGGAGAACUCCUGCAACUCUGGCACCAAAAUAUUCUUCCGUUCCAGGAAGAACACUCGGCGAAGGCGAAAACAGUACAAACGGAAGAAGUUCCUGUGACGGCAGCAGAUCAAAAUGUAACAGGAAAUACUUCGCAAGAUCCUGGCGCAGUGACGUUUUCCAUCGGCGGAGAAGCAGAGAGUCCAGGGACGGCAGAAUCGGGGCCAACAAACGAGGCUGGAAACUGGAAUUGUGUCUGGAAAUGCCGCACAGCGACGCCAGUUCAUCUGAUGAGUUUCAGUCCCGAUGGCACGCUUUUUGCAACAACGGGAAUGAACGAUAGACUUGUUAAAAUUUGGUUCGAAAAUAAAUCAUUGUUCCCAUCAAAAAGCGUUGACCAUUCGACGUUUAGCCAACCAGUUAAUGACAGUUACAGUUUCGUUUACGUUGCUCAUCCUCGGGCAGUAACUCACAUUUCUUGGCGGAAAACAAGCAAAUACAUGCCGAAGGGAUCAGUUUCAAACAUGUUAGUUACUUCCUGUCGUGAUAAUAUUUGUCGCGUUUGGACAGAAACGAUUCCACCGGAGAUUGAAGGUUUAGCUAAUAUGAGUCAAUUCGAAGGAACUGAUAGACAUGGACAUCAUGGGAAGCAUCGCCACCAUAGUAUGCAUAAACACAGAUUUAUGCAACGUCUCAAACACAUGAAAACGUGUUUCCACAUUCGGCGUCACGCGAAGCAACAACAGCACCAGGCGGGUCACACUGCACCAACUCUUCCGACACUGCCAUCAACUUAUUCAGUCCACGACUUUCACAACAAUUAUCAAAGUUCCGGUCACUAUCCCGGCAUGCAUUUUCAUCUGGCAGCUAGUAUCAAUGCAGAAACAGAUAUUCCACUUGUUCCAAGUUUAAUUACUGGCGAUCCGGAUAGAGAACCGAAUUUCAUCUUGCACUGGUUGAAUAAUAAGGAAAUGCAUUUUACGAUGCAGGCUGAAAGCAUCUUGCAGGAUCUCACAAGGAAGGUGGUAGAAAAAGAAGAAGGUAUGCAGAACCAUGAAGGGGAUCAUACAGAGCACGAUUCAGAAGAUGAGCAAACACCAAAGAAGGGCACGAGACACCAAUCCAGUCAAAAAGCAAACGUUGGUGGGCGGGCGAUGAGUCAAGAGGAACACAGUAGUGAUGAACAUCAUACAGCACAUACAACAUCGUCUCAUCCUAGCCUUCCUCACAGUGCCCACUCUCACCAAAGCCUUAGCAAUACUACAUCUAUUAAUUCGAUAGCAACAGAUGCGACUUCCUCAAUGAAUCACGCACCAGAUUCCCUGGACACAAAAAUUGAAACUUUACUCCGCGACUGGCAUCACAACCCAGACCUUUUAUUCUCAAUCCAUCCAAUCGAUGGAUCCUUUCUCAUCUGGCACAUCGAGUGGCUGGACGAAUACCACCCAGGAUCCUUUCGCCAAGCACAAAUUUCAUUCUCUACACGAAUUCCCAACGCUUUCCCUCUAGGCGACGCCUCCACAAUGAGCCACAACGUCUCCAUGUACUCGCAUAAUACCGGAGGCCCAUUACUAAGUAUCCGUGAGGUCGUUAAAUCUGCAGCAAAACCGUCAGAGACAAACGAAAUCACGACACCCUUGCCUAGUCUCUUAGAACAGGACGAAGAGCAGUCUACUUUAACUUCCAAAGCUGGUCAAGAGUUGAUCAAAAAUGUACAGAACCAAUCAGACACUCAGAAUGGAACUGCUCAGGAAAGUGGAACCACAGAAAACGGAAAACCUACUCAAGAAAGUGUUCACGACAUGUUAACUCAGCCUAGUCCAAUUGUUUCGAUGGUUUCCAAGCACGAGAAUGGAACUUUAAAUCUCUGGCAGCUGACCUUUGCAGAUAAAAGUAAGUUCUCUCAGGUACUCAGCAUUGGUCACGCAUGCAGAGCCUCAGGACAUCGAUUCCGUGUUAAUGACAUUACAUGUCAUCCUGUUUUACCGUUGCUCGUAACAACAUCACAUCACAACGUCGCUCUUCCAGAUGUCCCGUCUGCCGGAGGUCAUAAAGACGAUGCAGAAUCGAUAGAUACGAUGAUUAACAAGAGCGACAUGGGCAAUAAAGAUAUAAUGUCUGCAACUGGAUUCUGUAGUGAAUUAAUCCUCUGGCGAGUCGACGCCGUGGGUCCUUUGUCAAAAAGUGGAGGAGUCUCCGAACUAGCCCGCAUCAAUUCUCCACAGAUUUCUGCAUUCAGCAACGUGGCCUGGAUUCCGACACUUCUACCUAGUACAACAUUAGGGAACUUAUCCAAUUCUCCAAGCGCCUGUUUCGUAGCAAGUGAUGGAGAGUCUCUCCGAGUUUAUCAAGCCGUUAUUGAUGCAAGAACAUUGUUAGCGGAAGUUUCGAUAAGUGAAAGGAGGAGUAGAAUGAUGGAUUCGAUGGCUAGUUUGUCAACCGACAUUUCCUCAGAUGAUGGAAUUCGUCACUCGAUUCACGACAGAAUCAAGAUAGUCUCUCAACAAUCGACUGCCAGACCCGGGUGUGUAAUUCAACUCGACGCCAUCGCUGAUGCGACUCAUGAUUGGCAGAACACCCAGUUUCUCCAUGUCUUUCAGGAACAAUUGAUCACUGGAGAACGCAGUGAUGAGAAACUUCCUGGCGUCGAUACUUCUGCGAAUGAUUUGGGUCUUAUGGAGUCGACAUUAGACGCGAUGGUUGAUCUCCAACAGUCUUCGAUAUUCGAGGAACCAUUUUACAUCGUCGUUUUAGAAAGAACGCAGAAGGGAACGACGGUGCACAUGUGGCGACUAGUUAUCGCAUCUCAGCCCGAAUCUAAUGGAUUAUCAGGAUCGAUGAUGUACGUUCCUGAUUCUCAAUUAGUCCAGGAUGAGGACGACGAGGGAAUGCCAGGAAGAUACAGUCAUGCGGAUGGGAGAAGAUCUCGAAGACCUAGUCAAAGUGGAAAUAGAAGCAGACGCGAGAGCCAGGCAGAUUAUGAUGCAGCCUUUGCUCAUCGGCGCCAUCAAAAUAGUCAUGUUUUGAUAACGACAACAAAAGUGUGCACGCAAGAGUUGCCAUUGCCUGAGGGAGUGGAAGUGGUCCACGCGGCACCAGCCGCUGGACAUCUGAGUAGUUCUUCUAUCUAUCCAGCUUGUUUUGCGCCAUAUAUUGUCGUCACGGCUUGUAGUGAUAGUACAGUGAGAUUUUGGAAGUGCAAGGUGACUAAAAAUGGAGAGGAUAACCAGCUCAGUUAUGAAUGGUGUGAGUGGGAGAUGAUUCGAAAGGAUAAAGAAUCUACAAUUGACAUCACAGGCCAGCCUUUAAAUAUCAGCGCAGCUUAUAGUGGGAGAAUCGCCUGUGCCUACAAGUAUGGAAAGUCGUUUACCCGUCCGACAAAAAGCGACCCUGAUUCUAGGUACGUGAACCUCUGCGUGGCGAUAUACGAGUGCGAAAGCACUGGUGGCAGCGAGUGGAUUCUGGAGGACACUAUCCACUUGAAGAAUAUUCAUCUACCGAGAAUUCAGGUGGAUCAGCAUUUGGAUUUGAGUUACCUCUAUGAUAGCAGAUUUUUGCAGAAAAAACAAAGACUGACUCAGGUUUUGCAAACGCUUAGUCAUGAAGAUGUGAGGGCACCCAGGAAUGGAGAGAAUGGAGACAGUACGAAAGCAAAUGCAGGAUUGCUUGCAGUUCCGUCCUUCAGCACUCUUCAGUCUUUGAGAAAGUCAAUCAUUGAAAAUGGCAACACUUGUCCCCUCACGCAGAAGCAUUUAGUUCAACUUGACUGGGUUUCGAAGGAAGACGGCUCGCAUAUUUUGACUGUUGGGGUUGGUUCGAAGAUCAUGCUGUUCACUCCAGUUUGCUCGGAUCUUGCACAAGCAAAUAUGAAGGCCAUGAAAGAAUCCCAGGGCACUAACAGGCCUAUUUUAAGAAAAACUUCUUCGUUGGCGCAACCACAGUUCGUGGACGAAAUCCGCUGGAUGAAGUUGAGGAAAAUUGAGUUAACAACUGCAGACGGCUUACCACCCUUGCCUAUGCAGAUAUCCUGGGUGAGGGAUGGUAUAAUGGUCGUUGGAAUGGAUUCCGAAAUGCAUGUCUAUUCUCAAUGGAAACCAAAUCCCAAAAAUGACUGUUUCCAUUCUGGACUUCAGCAUCAGGAAUCCGACGAGUUCCAGGCAAGCCGGAAUUUAAGAGAUGAAGAUCUGCGAACUUUAGCUAAUGAAACUUCACAAAGAAGGCUAGCUAACGUCUCCUCCAUGCCACAUCUUUCCAGAGUCAGUAGCAUAAAUUUGACAAUGAUGGAUGCGAAAAAGAAACGAGGAAUGCAAAAUGACAGUACAAGCUACGACUACAUGCCGGAUUAUGGGCUCUUUGAGGCUUCGAGAAUAGCAUGUCCAGUUCUUCCUCAGUAUCAUCCGAAACAGCUGAUGGAGUUGUUGAAUUCUGGAAAGAUCAGAUGGGUAAAGUCGAUUCUCGCCCACUUAGUGAGGUGCAUUGCUAGUUCUUGUUCGAUAAGAGCAGAUGAUGAGACCUUAAUGAAACAACGAAGUGGAUGGUCAAGAUCAAGGACAAUGUCUGUCAGCUAUGUUGGCACGACUUCUCCCCUAGAACCCAGAGGCUCCACAACUCACAUUCCUGAAGAACUGACCCUGGACUAUGCAGAGAUUACUUCCAUUUCUCCCCUGCCAUUGUGGACGCUGUUGAUAGCUGAUAAAGAAACGAAUACGAUAAUUCAGCAGAAGGAAGACAAACAGGAUUAUAACGAGUUGUUUGAUGGGAACGUAGACGAAGGAGAUUCAUUGGAUGAUAUGUUGGAUGAUGACUACGACUCCUCUCGUCAGAAAGACAGGAGGUCUUCAGUUCCUGAAAGGCAAGGCAUAUCUCAUUUUGGCCCACGUCAAGGUAGAUUAUUAUCACGUCUUCUAACUCACACACAUCUGCCUGGGCUCUCAAGUCUCGAUCAAAUGCAUCUUCUCGCUCUCGCUGAUACCGUUUCGACUUGUAAUGUCGACUUUGCUGAACGCUUUGCGAUUGAUGCUGCGAAGAAUGCAAUUGCAAAGGAGAACUUAACAGGGAUUCCCGAUGGCGAAGCUGUCUCUACGGAUUCUUUAGAUGAUUGUGGUCUGCGCUUCCUGCUCGCGAUGAAGCAUUACAAUUAUCUGAUUCGCUGCUUGCCUUUGGCGCAAAGAGCACAAUUCCAGAAAAUAGGAGUCGCCACAAACAACCUUGUAUGGGCCUUCCACUCUGAAUCUGAAGAAGAACUAUUGGCAUUGAUUCCCUCUUAUGCGAAAGGUCAACCGAAGUGGUCCAUUUUGAAAGAACUGGGCGUCGGAUGGUGGAUCAAAAGCAAUGCAGUUUUGAAAAAAUGUAUCGAGAAGGUUGCUAAAGCUGCCUUCCAACAAAAGCAAGAUCCACUUGAUGCUGCAAUUUACUACCUCGCAAUGAAAAAGAAGAAUCUGGUCUGGGGUCUUUUCAGAAAUCAAAGAGACGAUAGGAUGACGGCCUUCUUCGCAAACAACUUCGUAGAAGAUCGAUGGCGUAAGGCUGCUCUGAAAAAUGCAUUUGCCCUCUUGGGCAAACAGAGAUUCGAACAUGCCGCUGCCUUCUUUUUGCUAGCUGGAGCCUUGAAGGACGCUAUCGACGUAUGUCUAAAUAAGCUGAACGACAUUCAGUUGGCAAUGGUGAUUGCGAGGCUCUACGAAGAUGACACGACUUCUCCGAACCUGAAGAGACUCUUGCACGAAGAAAUUCUUGGAUGUGAUAAAGAUGGGAGCAAUCAGGACAUGAUCAGAGCACACCCAGAUCCAUUUCUCCGAAGUAUGGCCUUGUGGAUUCUCAAGGACCAUUCUGGUUCACUGAACACCUUGUUGUUGACCAACGUGGGAACAAUGCACCCACAGUAUAAUGACGAGUGUGAAAAGCCUGAGGGCUCGACAGCUAACCCGAAUGUCUUCAACUUUUAUGUCUACCUCCGGACACAUCCUCUGCUCAUUAGACAGUAUAUUGCUUCCACGGCUCAAGAUAGAAAGAAGGGCCACUCUGUCGUCAUCGCAGGAUUCAGUUAUGGCACAGAAACGAAAGGGCAACCUGAUAAACAGCUCAUGCUUGAAGAUAGCAUUACUCCUCUUGAAAGACAACUAUACUUCACGACAGCUCAUGCUCACUUCAAGGCAGGUUGUCCAGCUCUCGCCUUGGAGGUUUUAUCCAAAUUACCUAGCAAAGUCAUGGACGCAAACUGCGAAGAUUCUCCGAGUCUCCUGAACAGUCCGAUUAAGUCUAGGACUCAAGAUUCCCAGAUAGACACUGGAAUUAUAAGCUGGUGCGCACCGAAUCCAGCACCUGCGGCUCAAGAAUCUGAAACGUUAGAUUGGUCACAGCCAGUCGCUCGAGACAGUGAUGAAUUAGUCUUGAAUUGGGAUGAUCCGGAAGAAAACGAAGAUGGGGAGAGUCCUCCCUUGAGCAUGAACUUGGACAAUAAGGAUAAGAAACCUGAUGUUGACAAGGAAAAAGAAGAGGAAUUUAAAAAUGGACAGCUGGACAUAAUGGCUCAACAGUUGAAAUUUGUCGCCUGUCUCAAGAUUCUGAUGGAAGAAUUGUCCACCUUAGCUACAGGCUUUGAAGUUGAUGGCGGACAGUUGCGAUAUCAGCUUUACGUCUGGCUUGAAAGAGAAGUCGAUGCGUUGAAACAGCUUUGUAAUUACAGCAAUAAUGAUGGAGAUCCGAAUAAUGUUUCGGAAUACGAAGGAUUCAUGGUCGAUGAUAUACCACCUUAUAGAGCUGGAGAGCAACCGACUUUACAUGAAAUUUUAUUGGCUGAGAAACUCGACUUUGAGGCGAAAGUACAAAGGGCGGCGAAAAGGAAAAAGUGGCUCAAAGCUAACGAAACUUUACUCAGGACUCUUUUAUCGUAUUGCUCCUUGCAUGGAGCUUCUGGAGGUGGAUUGGCAUCUGUGAGGAUGGAGUUGCUUCUGUUACUUCAGGAAUUGCAACAGGAGAAGACGCAACAACAGUUGUUGAGUCCACUUCCAUUCCCGACGACUCUACCCUUACUGAGUGCAAGUGUGGCUUGUAAUAAGACAGUGAUUGCUGAUCCAGUUAGACAUUUACAGUCUUUGACUCAUGACAUGCUUCAAACCUUGGUCGAGUUAAUCAACACACCAAUGCCUCACAGAAAUACUCAUUACUGUGAAGUCUUCAUCAUGAGAGAUCUUGCUGUGGCUCUCAGUGCCUGCAUUUAUCAGUCACUUUGUGAUUCGGAUACUUUUGUUAUGAAACAUCAACAAUUCGACAGCUUCCCUGCUUCCUCGGAGGUAGAAUCCUUCUCAGGAGGUCACUUAGUAGCGUCGAGUAGGCACCACCGACGAUAUUCAACAGACGAUGGAGUCGUCAUCACAACUUCUCCUACAAAAUGGCCAGGUGUGACUAGUCUGCGUGCACUUUUGGCUCGUGAAAAGGACGAGGAUACUCCGAAACUAAAUAUACUACUCGCCGAGGCAUUCGUGGCUUGUUAUAUGAGUCUGUUCGUCUACGCUUUGUCAAGCUGCGACUGUCACAUUCUCUACAGACUUGUAGGUCAACAUUUCGAUAACAGCACAUGGUCGACUCUUUUCGGAGGAGGUGUCAAGAAAUUACUGCGAGUUGCAAGCACUGGAGGACAAAGUUCUGGAACACCAGUCGUUGAACGAACAGAGAGCAUUAGUGAAAUUCAAACAGGCAGUGGAGUCUGGAGCACUAUGACUUCGUUGACAAAACAGCGAGUGAAGCUAAAUAUGAAGCUUUUGGGUCAGUUUACGGGUCAACAGCCAAGUAUGAAGGAGGAUAAGCCAACCUACAGGGAACAAUUUGUUUCGCCCCAGAUGAGCAUGAUUUCAUAUUUUCUUAUAAAGCCGAGGAUUGAGAUGGAAUACGCGGAUGAAAUCGAUUAUGAUUCUUCUGAUUCUGCGGUUUCGGAUCUCGAUUCUGAGGAAGAGGAGGAAGAUGUAUUCGACACGAACGCAAAACCAAAGAGUAAACCAAAGGAUAAUACCGAGCAUUCGAAUCCAAAUUCUUAUAGCUGGUGUAUUCUGAGAUCAGCCAUUGUUAGGAUUCUGCAGCAACAGAUGCAGGACUUUUUAAAUGUCGCAGGAAUAGAGUUGCAAGAAUUACCAGUGUGUAGUCCACUUAUUCACGGAACCCUGGGGAUCGUAGCUCGGUGGCAAGAAUCUUUAAGAGAAGAACUUGACUCAAAAGGUCCACCAUCAGCGAAUUUCAUACCUGGCUGUGCCCCAGAUCCAAUACCAACGCCUGGAAAGCCUGCGAUACACAAGUAUCGAUCUCUUUUGGAAAAAGGCAACACGCCUUUCAACACUCGAUUAUCUGCAACAGCACCUGCAAAUCGUUUAUGGUGUUAUUUAGUGAGACAAGAGGCUGUGCAGGAUAUAUUUAUUAGGUCAGUAUUCGGUAAAAGGAGGUCACUCUCGACGAUAUUAGACUCCAAUCAAGGUGGAAUGGACAAUUAUACUCGAGGAUCGGGAACUGGAGAAGAUAAGGGUAGCGACAGUGGCACGACUAGUCUUCCCGAGCCUGUUAGGAUUAUUCAUAAGGAGCAAGAUAGCAUUAGUGCCUUUUGUUUAAAUCAGGUAAACGCAGGACUGAUGGCCUUGGCAACUCCACGCGAGGUACAGGAAAUGGACAUCUCGUUGCUUCUGGAGCUUCCCUCGUGGCUGGAAGAUGAAUGCGAAUUCGAUUUGAUCAACCUGAACAAGCAACCUGAUCCAGAACCAGUUCAGCCUACUAGUUUUCUAGUCAUACAGACGGCAGCUGAUAGACCUCUGCUAGUGCAAAGUCCGCAGCAAAACAACCCUCAACCACAAUCAGGCAUAGCUAGUCAAAGUGGACGAGGCGCGAGUGUGAUGAAGGGGAUGCCCGCUUUUCCUGGCUCCCACGACCUACGUUUCUGUCAGUUUGUCGCUGAUAGGAGUAAACACUUGUUGAAGCCGAUCCUGAAACACAAAAUCGAUGGUAUCAGACGAGUUUCUUCACACCCGCUAUUACCGCUGUACUUAACGGGAUCUCAAGAUGGAUCAGUUUCGCUAUGGGAAUGGGGACACCAGACAGCAGUCGCGACACCGAGACCAUCGGGAACCUUUGCGAAAGUAACUCGAGUGCGUUUUUCACAACAUGGGAAUAAAUUUGGAGUCGCCGAUUCAGAUGGACAUCUGAGUUUAUUUCAAGUUGCUUGCAGAGACGGAUCGGCAAGGCCUUUCUUCAACUACCAGUGCCAUAGUAAAGUCACAGCUGAUUUUGUCUUUCUGGGAGCUUGCAGUCUCGUUGCGACGGCAGGUCAUGGAUCCGAAGGACGAAAUGUCGCUCUUUGGGACACUUUGCUUCCACAAAAUAAAUCCCAAGUUCAAGGAUUCAUAUGCCAUGAUCAGGGAGCAAGUUCAGUGAUUUUAGCUCCUCAGCACCAAUUAUUAAUCAGUGGUGGAAAGAAAGGCGAUAUUAACAUUUUCGAUGUCAGGCAAAGACAACAACGCCACAGAUUUCAAGCUCACGAAUCAGCGAUCAAGUGUUUGGCACUAGACCCGCACGAAGAGUUUUUUGUUAGCGGUGCUGGGGAUGGCGAUAUAAAAGUGUGGGGGCUUACCGUCCAUUCUCUCCUCUACUCAUUUCCUGGAGAACACCCUAGAUCUAGCUUUUUCAAGAAUAUAGGACAAGGCGUCACUCAGUUGCAUGUAGAUCCAGCGGGUCGUCUAUUUUCCUGUGGAGCAGAUGGUUCAAUGAAAGUGCGCCAACUGCCAGAACGGGACUGUGUAGUGCAAAAUUAUUACUAGGAAUAAGGGAUAAUAAUAAACCCUGAAAAUAUGUAAGUAAGCCAGAGCAACUGCUAGGAUAUCAUAAUGCAAAUGGCCUUUGAUGCGUGCGAUUAUAAUCGUCAAGAGAACGAAAUUCGACACACUCAACAGUGAAUCCACUUUAGAGAUUUGCUGUUGUUAUUAGAGCAAGAGCGCUUAUAAGUUUCCAUAAAAAUCGACGCCUUUGACGAUGACAAUGAACAAAACCGAGAAUUAUUAACAAUAUCUUUCAUCUAUUUUUCAAAAGCACUGCCAACGUCUUUAAACUAUUCUGUAACCGAAAGAAACAAGACUUGAUUGGCAAACUCCCCCUAUAAUUGCGCAUCAUAUUAUUUGUAAACGUUGAUUCUUGUUUAAUGGCGAUCUGUAAAUUUCUCCGAGCACCAUCUUAUUCUGAUGGGAAAAGAAAAGGUUUUCCAAAUCCAGUAUCUCGCGAGCAAAUAUCGCAGUUCAGCCUGAGUCAGAAUUAUGUUAAGCACUUUAAAUUUUUUUGAAUUUGUUCUAUUGUAUGUUACCGAAGCUUUUCGAAAAGUAGCUUUCUUAACUGACAAUAGCUUUAGUCGUUAUCGCAUCUACUAAAAUAAUUGUAUCUCCUCUGAAGCCUCUUUCAUAACUGUAUUAUAAAGUAAUCAUCCGUUUUAAUCGUCAAGUUGAACUCAGUGUCCUAAUGAUAAUCUAGUUCUCAUAAUAACGUCAACUCGAAUCUCCGAAGAUUAACUCAGUAAAUAUUCGGAACCCAUUAGGAGAAGUCCUCGUGCGACGUCUUAUUACGAAUUUAUUAAAUUUAUUCGAUUUUUAAAAUUCGUGAUCGACUCAGAACAUCUAUUGUUAUGAAAUGUUGUCUUGUAGUCUAUUUACGUUGAUUGUACAUAUUUGCAUAAAGAGACCGACCGAAAUAACAAAAAAAUUAAUAUAAUACAUGAGAUACCUUUUUGAUGUUUUAGGCAUAAAUUUCAGGUUGUAGAAUAGAUACAUUUACAGGUUCACAUUUUAUGAUUUUUAAGUAUUUAUGCCAAAAUAAUUGUUUUUUAUUUUUGUUUUUAUUCUCAGUUUGAGAUAGAAGUUUGAUUUUAAGUCUUUUCUUUUUUUGUAAAAUUUAGCUUCUCGCAUCUAACCAAUCGAGGGGUACAUAACUUCAAAUUUAUUGCAUUUGAAAAAUUAAGCAAUUUAAAAUUGUACAUAAGAAUUGGAAAUUUAAGAUUUUCGAAUUUGUAGUUCUCGCAGUUGAGUCAUUUGCACUUUAUGGAGUAGAGACAAUUGGCUGAGAAGCAAGAAGCCACAUACCAGAAGAAUAAUUUGAAAUUUAGAGUUUACGAUUUCAAAUUAAUUAUGAUUAACCCCUAUUUUUUAAUAUAAGUUUUUUAACUUCUGCCAGACGACAUAUAAAAUU